GGCGCAAGAUCAGCCAUCCAAAUUCCCGAAGCCGCCUCGACUCCUCGAGCCCAAACCAAAACCCCUUCGGCCAUCGCCGGCCCGCCCGCCCGCCAUGCAGUUCCCCUUCGCCGCCGGCGAUUACCCCGCCGACCAGGUCGACCCCGACUACCUCUACUUCCUCCGCCACAUCCGCCCCGACGGUGACUCCUACACCCUCGAGCUCCCCUCAGAUGGCGUCUCCCCUCCUUCCCUCGUCAAGUACGAGGCCCCCGCCGACUGCAGCACCGACGACGGCGAGUGCGUCUCCGACCCCUCCCCCGGCCGCGCGAGCACCAACCGCCCGGCGGAGGAGAAGGAAUCGUCGGUGGAGAUGGACGCGGAGCCGGCCCCCUCCUGGAUCGACUCCCUCGUCGACAUCGACGAGGAUUACCGCCUCUUCCUCAAGCACACGCGCGUGGUGAAUGACAACAUGGUGCUCGAGAUUGACGGCGUCGUCGUCAACUAUCCGUGUGCCGCGUGCUCCGAGAGCAGCAGCGAGGUCGAGGAUGCGCGGGAGAAGGGGGAGAAAGAGGGAGCCAUCGACUCAGACGAGCCGGUGGUAAUUGUUCGUGACCCAAAAGUAUGCGACUGGGUGGCGGAGGGUGACGAAGAUGAGGGUCUGCUGAACGAGUCGGCCGUGCGAACAAUGGAGACUACGAAGAUGAAGACGAAUUCAAGUAAUGGCAAUGAUGCUGGCCCUUCCGUUCGCCCGAGGUUACAAGGUGUUAUAUGGCCAAUACAUAUCAACAGCCGACCAGACUCAGAUUUCAAGCGAAGGUUAUUGGAUGUUCUUAGCAAACCAGUUAGCCAAAAAGAAUAUAUCAAGCUGUUUGACAUGGCUUCUAUCCGUACGCCGUUAGUAAAAUUAAGGCAGGUGCGCAAUGAUGCAAAGUUCUACCGUACAGAGGAGAUGGGAUAUUCAUAUUUUGAUCAUUACCCAGAUCUCGUUGAACAAGUUUUACACACUAACUGUCCAAAUGGUUUAGCUCUGAUGCGUGGGUUUUUCUUCUGGUUGCAGAAUAAUGCUCAUGAAGAUCAAUUCAGGCCAUGGGUUGAUGUUUCUAAAGACCAUGAGGUUAUUCCUUUGAUCGAUUGAGAUUACACAUUCCAGCUGGUAAAAUCUAAUCCCAAAACUUCUCUUUGCGGGAAUGACUCUCUAAAGGUGACAUAAUGUUAUCAAUCAGAGAUUGUCUUGUGUCUAUAUGGAAUGUGGUGAAUAAAUAUAUUGCUCAUGAUCGAAAAGUAAUUCCCUAUUGGAACAUGCAGACAUCCUCUUUGCAAAGAAUUUAACAUUGAGUUUUGCCUGUGAGAUUGAGGGCUUGAUUCCAUGUUCUACUUGAUCUCACCAUCAUAAAGCAGUGGUGUUA